GUUGCUUGGUACGGUACACCGGUGUGUGCGGGGAAGGUGCGGGAGCGUCCGAAUUAGCGUGUGUUUGAAUGAUGACCGAGCGCGCUAGAGACGUUCAGCUGCAAGUCAGCACCUGAGUCUGCACUACCAUCUGCUAGGAGUGGUAUACAGCUCGCUACCUCCUCUAUAUCAACCGAGGGUUAUUUCGACAGUACGCUGACAUUGUAACUUCCAGCGGCCCUUCAAGAUGACAGACCCGAAACCCCUCAUCUUCUACGACAUCUCCUCACCCCUCCAGCCACGGUCAUAUGCGCCAAACCCCUCGAAAGGCCGAUUGGCGCUGUCAUUCAAAGACGUGCCUUUCAAGACGACCUGGGUCGAGAUUCCCGACAUUCCCAAGGUCCGACAGGGUCUUCAUUGCCCGGCCACUCGCAAGUUUGAUGAUGGCUCCAACUUUUAUACGCUACCUAUGCUGCAAGACCCUUCAGGCAAGGUCAUUGGUGACUCCUUCGACAUCGCCAAUUACCUCGAGGAAACGUUCCCGGACUCAGGCGGCCGCCUCUUUCCUCAGGAUUCCACACGCACAGGACUCGACUACGAGAGCCCUCAGAAGGACACAACAAUCCUCAUACCUUUGACUACCAACGAGGGCGCAAAGAAUGAAGCCUACGCUCGGUUCAAUUGGCAUGUCGAUGCAACCUUCACAGCUCAUGUAAUACUGGUCGCAUACUACAUGCCCUUCAAUCCCGAGACGGCCGAGGCCACGAGAGCGGUCUUUCUCAAACGCGCACAUCUGAGCUCCUGGGAUGACUUUUCCGUCCAGGGUGAGGGAAGGGAGCGGAUCAAGGCAUCGUUCAAGGAGGCACUCACCUCAUUGGCUCAGCUGUUUACUGUUCACGAAGAUGGCCCGUACCUGGAGGGCAAGGAGGCCAACUAUGCUGAUCUGAUCGUGGGAGGAUGGCUGAACAUGUUUUCUGAAUGCACGCCGGCAGAUGAGUGGAAGGACUUCAGAACAUGGCACGGCGGAGUCUUCGCACGACUACAUGAUGCGUUGAAGGAGAAUUACUACGUGUGCAAGUAAAGUAUGUCACUCACGGUUGCUGAGUUUGAGCAACAAGGCCUCUUGGGAGCUCCCGAGACCUCGAAAAGCUAGAUAAUGUGACUCGCGAAAUAUUGAUUCGUCCUGUAGUCUAUGACGAUUAAAUUCUGUCGUGGUCAG